CGGGCCCGCGGCGGCCCGGUGCCCCUGCACUUCGUGGUGCCGGACGAGGCGGCCCGGACUCGGCUGCUGCUGCCGGGGGAAGGCCCUGUAGCGACGCGGCUGGCGGCGGUGAUCGUCCUGGAUCAAGGCACCGGGCACUGGCAGAAGCUGAAGAAGGAGAGCACGGCGCAGAUCGUCCUCAACGCGCUGCUGUCCAGCCUGCCGGAGACCGGGGCCAGGGUCUGCUUCCUGAAAGGUGGAUAUGAAACCUUUUACUCGCAAUACCCUGAGUGCUGUGUAGAUGUAAAACCCAUUUCCUCAGAGAGAAAUGAAACGGAGAGAAACAUCAACAGCCACUGUGAGAAGCAAAGCACCAACCACAAACCAGCUUACGAUCAGGGUGGUCCAGUUGAAAUCCUGCCUUUCCUUUACCUUGGCAGUGCCUAUCAUGCUUCUAAGUGUGAGUUCCUAGCCAACCUGCACAUCACAGCCUUGCUCAACGUCUCCAGGAAAAGUUCGGAACCCUUUAAAGAGCAAUAUUGUUAUAAAUGGAUCCCAGUGGAAGACAGUCACAUGGCAGAUAUCAGCUCUCACUUCCAGGAAGCCAUAGAUUUCAUUGAUUGCGUGAAGCGAGCUGGAGGCAAAAUCCUGGUGCACUGUGAAGCCGGAAUUUCACGCUCCCCCACCAUCUGCAUGGCUUAUCUCAUGAAAACGAAAAAGUUCCGCCUGGAGGAGGCAUUUGAUUACAUCAAGCAACGUAGGAGUCUGAUCUCACCAAACUUUGGUUUCAUGGGCCAAUUACUACAGUAUGAGUCAGAGAUCCUGUCUUCCACUCCUAGCCCCCCCGUUGCCUCAUGCAAAAGAGAAGCGGUGUCUUUUUUUGCAGAAGAACUGACUUUAAGCAAAAACUUUGAAGGCUCGUGUUACAAGUUUCCUACCUCAGUUUUGAGUUCGGUGCCCAUUCGUUCUCCGGUCCAUCAGUUAAAACUUAGUCCUAUUACUGCAUCUUCAUCAUGCUGAACCCUAUUGGAAAUUAGAGCUAAUAUGUUCCUCUGGUACCAACUGUGAUUCCGAUAAGAACAUUUCAUGACCGUGCAAUACAGAAGGCAUCAUGGAUUUAUUCCCCAAUGGAAUAGUCCUAGUGGGUGAUAACUUUUGUAUAUGGACACUGACUUCAGACAAAAGUGAGAUGCAGAGGGCAGGCUGUCUAGAGAUUUAAUGUCCUCUUAAAAACAACCCCCCUCAUGCUUUUCUAAGUUGCUAGAGUGCAACCACUACUGUACUUCCAGAUCCCUAAGGAACAAUGGAACCCUUUCAGUGUAAAAGGGUCGGACCUAUACUAUUGUUGCUCAAUUCCUGUGGCUUUUAAAAACUGUAACAGCCUUGUUUAAAGUGUAAGCAAUAAACAACUGUAGCAGGAAAGAGUACAUCAAACAAAGCACAAUCCUUGAAAUGACAGGGAAGGCAAGCACUCGAAUAUUCAUUUUGCUUUUUCCCUUGUUUGUUUCAGGUGUCAGGGAUUAAGCUGACCUGAAGGUGGGGAUGGGAAGAAACUUCCCUUUGUGGUUUUUUUUUUUAAUUGCAAAAUCGGGGCAUUAGAGGGGGUUUACACCUUUCUCAGAAACAUCAGGCACUGGCUGCUCUUCGUGACAAGAUAAUUUGAUUAGAUGGACCACUGAUCUAUUUAGGCGUGACAUUUCCUGUGUUUCUGCAUUUGCCUUUGUACUAAAUGUGCUUUUACCUAACACAGAGAACCAGGGACUGAAGUGAUCAGCUUAUCUUGCUUGAGCUACAAACUCCUCUAUUUAAGAACCACCCUAUAAUACUUGAACAUCUCUCUAAUCCUUCUCAAAGUUACUCUUUCACCCACUGAAACUGUAAUUGAUGGAAGUGAGACUAAAAGUCUCAGUGCCAUCUUCUAUCCCCCUUAAAGUGUUUCUGGUUCUUACCAUGUGCGGAAAAGUGGUCUUGUUCAGUGUUACAUGACUUGCUGUCAUAUGUACGGUCACUUCAACCUAAUGUUUCUUCUGGUAAAAUUGUCUCACAAGGGGACUGUCUGUCUUUUGUGUUGAGUGUCUGUAGGGAGUGCCGUACAUACUGCUGCUUUGUCUGUUGACCUUUUUUUAAUUGUUUGUUUUUAUAUGGGAAAUAGCAAUAAUUUCCUGAAGAUCUUGUGAAUGUGAAAGAAAAAACUGACAUGUUUUUAUGGAGUGUAAAAUAAAAUAAAAUA